GACGUCACCCCCAUCGUCAUUGGUUUCUGCAAAGGAUUCCUUAGUGUUGACUUUAACUUUCUUUUUGCUUGUUUAUACAAUUAAUUCAGCUGUCAACCAUCAUCAUCCCUCCGAGGGGUAAGAUGGGUAAGAUUCUUUCGAUCAGAAUUUUGAAUUCUGUCAGCCUGUGAAACCAUUAUCAGCCGGGGGAGGCCACACUUUGACUCCAGAGUGUCCGCCGUGCCUCCACUCCUCCACUCCUCCACUCUGUCUCGGUACGGAAGACAGAGUGUGGCCAAUAGAAUGACAUACGUGAUGACUUCAAAGACCUUGAGAUGAUCGCCAGGGUCUUUCCCAAUCGUCCCUGUGGAGUCUUCUUUUCAUUGGAGGUGAUUGGAUUCCCUUCUAGCUGGCCCCAACCCUCCGCUUUGUUCUUAUGUCCUCACCCGCUAGCGGUGACCGAAUGCAGAAUGACAAUGCCAAUUCGACACAGUACCCCUUUCCACCUUUCCAAAUUCUGAUGGUGUGGUAGUAUAGGCAAUCUACUACAUCCAACUACGUCGUAGCCAAUCUCUAGUGAGCCUAACGAGGAUGAUGCAUCAUCAGCCUUGUUCGUGGCGAAAGUUCAAUGGCCCUAGCUCAGUCAUUGGCCUGUCGACUCUCACUUACGCCAUAGCCUGCAGGCUUGGUUUCCCAUCCCGGCACUAAAACGGCCUUCUCACAUGUCGAUCAACGCACAUCUCACUUCUCUCACGUUGGUAUCCCUAGUCCGUUUGUAUGCAAUAGGUGCCAGGGAAAUGCCAGGAAGUUGCUUCGAGUUGAACCACCUACAGUUGUACUCUGCCCGUACAUUAUGUACAUACCGACCUACAUACAUGUAUAUCCUGCCUAUGUAUUGUACAUACUACGCUACAUACUACGCUACAUACUACAGUACCUACAUACAUGGUAAUACCUGUAUUAUACUAACUAGACCCUCUAGGCCUUGGUCUAUCAGAAGCCACCCCCAGCAACCCUUUCUUCCAUGUCUGAGUCUAAUAGUCCUCUGAAGUCAGAACCCGCUUCUAGUUCGAGUCUCCUCUUUCUCAACUUGCUUCCCAUAUAAAUCCUUUCAGGCCUCACACUUUCUUCUUGCCAUUAUCCCAAUUCUUCACAACCAUCGUGAGAUUCUAAACUAUUCUACAACCUGACAUCGAUCCAUUACUCUAUUACUUCGCUCUCCGACUUGAAUUUAUCAUCCACUCAACCCAAUUCGACCCUAGCACCUCUUCUCGUGUUGAAAAUAUAGUAUUAUCAAAAACUACCCCUCGCCAUGUCAUCGAGCAGUUAUACUAUCUCCAUGCCAUCUUCUCUCCCCCCGCCAGUAGACCUGGCAAGCUAUGCUCGGUCGAUGCAUCAACAUACCAAGCGACAAAUGGAGGCAGCAAAUAUGCCCACAAGUCGACGAUCCGGCCGAACACGCGCUCACGUAUCACAUAUGACCAACGGUACUUCUCGAUCUCCCUCAUCGAGUAGUUCUAACGAAAUUCAAUAUCAUGACUGAUUGAGAUCUUCGCAACUUUUUUUUUUAUCUACUAUUUCAC